AUGGCCCCUGCAGACACCCCCAAGAAGGGUACCUCGGCGAAGAAGACCCCACCCAUGGGCACUCCGAAGAGGAUGAAGACCCGGUCCAAGGUUACUGUCGCCGAUCUGUCCAGCAAGAGCACUGAAGCUAUCACCUUCCUUUGGGCUGCUCUACAGCACGAGCUCGGAAAAACCGGCAGCUCCGUGGACUACCAGGCCGUCGGCGAUGCUCUUGGGAUCACUAAGUGCGCAGCAACCUUCCGUUACUAUCGUAUUCGUGAUGCCUUUGCCAAUGACGCCGAGAACGCCAACAGCCCCGAGCAGGAAAGUCCCCAGGACAAUAGCCCCAAGAGAUCGCGCGCAAAGAUUUUCAAGGCUAAGAAGAAGAAGAAGGAUGAUGGCGAUGGAGACACUGAGGUCCCGGCAGCCGAAACCGAGGAUUUCGAUCAAGGUAUCAAGAUUGAAGAGUCCGACAUUAAGAUCAAGACGGAGGAGGAAGUCAUGGAGGAAGUCAUGGAUGAAUAUCUUGAGCCCCAAGCUGAUAUUCGCUACGUCAAGAUGGAGGAAGACGUUGACUUCGAAGCCUAG